AGAACCUGAAAACAAAAUAAAAUGCUGGAGGUCGCAUCCAUGGAUACUGCCUAACCCAGUACAGCAUUUUUUUUUUGUUUUCGAGAAAUCAAACCAGAAAAGACAGACCGAGCACGUAGCCAGCCCUCCUGAGCUCUGACUGUAUCAGCUCCUGCAGCAUUCUGAUACAUAUCCGUGAGCUUUCAGUCCGGACCCGAUCACCAGCAGCUGGAGAAGGGGGGGGUGAAGAGGGAAGAGACCAAACAAUCUGCAAAUACCACUACCUCACACACAACUCUCGUAUGACCAGAUCCUGCAGUCAAAACUUUCAGCAAUCCACUUCUUUUGUCUUCAGGUUCCCCUGCCUCCACUGGGUGAAAAAUCCACCCUCACACAGCAAACCCCCGUUGCAUCCUCCCUGCCUUGUGUUUCGGAAUGGUUGGCUCCACGUCUGGGUCCAAUGUAACAAUGCUCCGGCCAUGGCGUCUUUCUGAGCCCGGCUUAGGGAGGAGGCGGUGUUUUGCUGGCUUUUAAUGCAACAGAGAUCAGAACCGGGCACGGCGCAGAAACAGUAGCUUCGGUGGUCUGAACAAACCCCUUCCCUACCUUCAACUGCUGCUGAACGAGAGCUACAAGGCGAGGCAAUUCUUCUCUAAUUGUCCCUGGUCUAACCUUCUCGAGGCGUUAAAAAUUAUUUACAGAGUCUGUUGAGGAAAUCUUCAAGAUAAAGGAGGAAGAGUGAGCAGGAAGCACUGUUUUCUCCACAGAGAGGGUAUUCUUGCUGGGAAGAAGUAUUUGUCGAUUCACAACACCUGUGGUUCCUCCUAGCCUCAGGCUCUGAAGUUUUAGGUUUCUGCGGCGUAACCCCGGGGGAAAUCGUCUGAUGCUCUCGGCUGGCGAGGAACUUGAGUGGUCAUCUUUUCGGGCAGGGCACCGCCUUCGGUUUUGCCAGGAUGUCAGAUGCCCCCGCGGGUGUGUGAGCCCCAGGCCAGUGCCGGUCGAAGCCUGAAAGUGGGGGGGCGGGGGGGGGGGGGGGGGGUGUGGUGGUGGUUUGGAAGCAGUGUGGGGGUUCGGUAAGGAGUGAGGACGAGAGCCAGCUGGAGAGCGAUGGGAUUGUUCUGCCAUGGUCACAUAGGAUAAAUGGCAGUUAAUGAGGAGUGGAUUACUGCUUGCUGCUGCGACCUAUUGCUGCUGUUGUGUGGACCUCUCUCAGACUCGCUGCCCCCCAUCUCCAAGCCUCGAGCUGGCCAGCGCUCACGAUGGUUAGCGUUUGGAAGUUUGUACGGAAUUGCCGUCAGCUGGAGCUGCAUCGGUUGAUCUUGUUGCUGAUUGCGUUCAGUCUGAUCUCUAUGUGCUUCUUGGCCUACUACGUGACAAACAGCCCAAAGAUUAAGGAGGCUCUGCCGCUCCCAAUUAGUGACUGCAACAACCAACACAGGACAUCGCUGCCAUCACAGUCUCUCAGGCGAUUUGUGCCUGCAGUUGACACAUCAAGGACCGACCCUGUGGUCCUAGUUUUCGCUGAAAGUAUUUAUUCCCAACUAGGUCAAGAAAUAGUGGCUAUUUUGGAGUCUAGCCGCUUCAAAUAUAGGAUAGAAAUAGCCCCUGGGAAAGGGGAUGUGCCAACCUUAACGGACAAAGAUCGGGGUCGCUAUGCCCUCAUUGUUUAUGAAAAUGUACUCAAGUAUGUGAACCUGGAUGCCUGGAACAGGGAGCUGCUGGAUAAAUACUGUAUAGAGUACAGCGUCGGAAUCAUUGGCUUCUUCAAAGCCAACGAGAACAGCUUGCUUAGCGCUCAGCUCAAGGGUUUCCCUCUGUACCUGCACUCCAACCUCGGCCUAAAGGACUAUCACAUCAACCCCAACGCCCCGCUGCUUUAUGUGACGCGGGCCAAUGAGGUGGAGCAGGGGCCGUUACCCGGAGAUGACUGGACGGUCUUCCAGUCCAAUCACAGCACCUACGAGCCAGUUCUCUUGGCCAGCACUAAGUCGGCAGAGUUUAUCCCCCACCUGAGCACGCACAAAGCACUGCACGCAACCGUGGUCCAGGACCUCGGGUUGCACGAUGGCAUCCAGAGAGUCUUCUUUGGGAACAACCUCAACUUCUGGCUCCACAAGCUGAUUUUCGUGGAUGCGAUUGCCUACCUUACAGGCAAGCGCCUAUGCUUGCCCCUGGACCGUUACCUCCUCGUGGACAUUGACGACAUCUUUGUGGGGAAGGAAGGGACCAGAAUGAAAGUUGCGGAUGUCGAGGCAUUAUUGAACACCCAAAACAAGCUGAAAACUCUGGUUCCAAAUUUCACGUUCAACCUUGGAUUCUCUGGGAAGUUCUACCACACAGGAGCCAAUGAGGAAGAUGAAGGUGAUGACAUGCUGCUGAAACACAGGAAGGAGUUCUGGUGGUUCCCCCACAUGUGGAGUCACAUGCAACCGCAUCUGUUCCACAACGAGACGGUUUUGGCCGAGCAGAUGAAGCUGAACAAGCAGUUUGCACUGAUCAGCAUCUUCAUGACCCACCUGUCCAACUACGGCAACGACCGCCUGGGGCUGUACACGUUUGAAAGCCUGGUGAAGUUCGUCCAGUGUUGGACUAACCUGAAACUGCAGACACUACCACCGGUGAAACUGGGAGCCAAGUACUUUGAGCUGUUCCCUGAGGAAAAGGACCCCUUGUGGCAGAACCCAUGUGAUGACAAACGGCAUAAGGACAUUUGGUCGAAAGAGAAAACCUGCGAUAGGCUUCCUAAGUUUCUCAUUAUCGGCCCGCAGAAAACUGGUACCACAGCUUUGCACUUUUUCCUCUCCUUGCAUCCCGGAGUCACAAGUAAUUUCCCCAGCCCAGUCACCUAUGAGGAAAUUCAGUUCUUCAACGGAGCUAAUUAUAACAAAGGAAUUGACUGGUACAUGGAGUUCUUCCCAAUCCCGUCAAACGCGAGCACGGAUUUCAUGUUCGAGAAGAGUGCAAAUUACUUUGAAUCUGAAGUGGUCCCCAAGAGGGCGAUGGCCCUACUGCCCAGAGCGAAGAUCAUUGCCAUUCUGAUCAACCCAGUGGAGCGAGCAUACUCCUGGUACCAGCACCAGAGAGCUCACCAUGACUCAGCAGCCCUGAACUACACCUUCUACCAGGUGAUCACAGCCAGACCUGAUGCACCGAGGGAAGUCCGUGUCCUCCAGAACCGUUGCUUGCUGCCCGGCUGGUAUGCCACCCACAUCGAGCGGUGGCUAACGUUUUACCAACCUUCUCAGUUUCUUGUUGUCAAUGGCCUACAGUUACGUAACAACCCUGUGGCUGUCAUGGAAACCGUACAGAAAUUCCUUGGUGUUACCCCUCACUUCAACUACACUCGAGCUCUGAUGUACGAUGACAACAAGAAUUUCUGGUGCCAGAUGGUGGAAGGUGGCAAAUCAAAGUGUUUGGGCAAAAGCAAAGGAAGAAAAUAUCCAGAGAUGGAUUCAUCGUCACGGACAUUCCUGACCAAUUACUACAGGGAGCAUAACAUCGAACUAUCGAAACAGCUAAACAAACUGGGACAGACACUGCCUAGUUGGCUGAGGGAGGAGCUACAACAUACCAGCUGGAGCUGAACGGCGCAGGCUGUGGUCAGCUGAUGGCCACCAUUCUUUGGACACUUCCAUGCCCUCUGACCUCUCUCCCCAUUUCACCAACUCCCAGCUCAAGUGAUGCUGGCUGAGUGCUCAAGGAGGCGAUGGAAUUCGAUAGGUUCCUGAGGACACCUUUGCAAAGGCUUGACGUUUCAACUUCAUGAAGGCUCCUCUCGUGUGGGCCACUUGCAGGCUUUGCAAUGAACCAGGACCAAUCUGGUGAGCAGUGGAACCCACAUUCGUGACAGCUUCCCCAUCCCCACCCCCCUGAUACUGGAACCUUCAGAAACCCUGCCCCCAAGUCCUUGUAGUGUCGAAGUGUGUCCUCUAGUGUCAAACCGUGGAAUGAUCGUUACAUCAACUGCUUUUGCAACAGUAGUGUCCUGUUCACCAAACACUGACAUUAGUUUAUACCCCACACCGUGUCUUAACGACACUGCUGUACUCCUGGAACUAAUCAUCUCUGUACCACUGUAAGUACUAAAUGUGUACAUAUUAGGCCCAAGCCAGUAACUUCACAGCUAACACCCAGAGAACUGGGCACACUGAUCGCAACAGCACAGGACCUGUUACUCCGAUAGUUACCUCACAUUAUUCAUGAUGUCCCACUUGGAACAGUCACUAAAGGCAGACGUUUGGAAAACGACACUUUCAAAAACGCGCAACUUUAGUUUCCAAACAAAAACAUAAAUGUUGGUGUGAAAACUUUCCAGUCGUGGACUAUUAAACAUUCUCUCUUGCCACCCUCACCCCACACACGGUUUUCAAAACAGCCUAAGGUGAGGAAUCCAUCGUCUCCUGGAGGAGGAAGUGGAGCCAAUCUCCUCAGCGCAGUACGCCUCACCUAUUGUGUCAUUCACAUUGAAUGAUGUUAUUGGAGAAUUUUACUCUCAAGAGGUUGAACAUAUUUUCUGAGAUGCAACAUCCAGUGGAUUGAGUUUUUUUUUUGGUGUAAAUUUUAUGGUUGAUGUGAUGUACUUUGCAAGGCCUUAAACUCUCUCCACGAUAGCUGGGUGAACUGUACCUUUCACGAUGUACAAAGACAAUCCAGCUUACAAAAGUCAGGUGCCUGGAAAUCCUCGCUCAACUGUGAAAUAAACCCAAAAGAAAGAAGUAGCAAAAACUUCGCAAGUUAAAAAUUGACCUCCCACAAUCUGUUGUUAACUCUUCAAUCUAAGCAUCUCCAUUCCAAAGCCAAGCAUUUAAUAUAGGGCCUUUACAAGCAGAGUACUGCUUUUUUUUUGUGUGUACUUUAAUCAAAAAUAAUUGUGUAUGUAUUCAACACAACACAGAAAUGGUUGGAUAAUAAAGUUUCUUUUUGUUGUCAA